AUCGUUCUUCAUGAGAUGCAUCAUGCUAUGGGGGGUCUUCACGAACAACAGAGAAACAGAAGGAAAUACUUCGUCAAGAUCAACUGGGAGAACAUAGAAUCUAACUACAACGACCAGUACGCCCUAAGUCAACACACGGGAAACAGAGAAAUCUACGACUAUCAAUCCAUCUUGCAGUACCACUUAACUGCAUUCUCCUCAAAUUCAAAAGCAACAAUGGUCAUUCCUGACCAGGAUCUGGAAUAUCUGAUUUCCAACAGUAAAUACACGUUCUCUUUUUACGACAUAGCAGAGGUCAAUCAGGUCUACAGCUGCCCAUCAGAUACUUGCACUCUCUCCUGUCAAAAUCAAGGGUUCAGAAAACAGGCGGUAAACCAGGCAUCGUGUAGCUGUCACUGUCCAACAGGACUAAAGGGAACAACCUGUGAACAACUAGACACUGACUCAGAAUGCGGAAGCAUUAUUAACCUUUCGAAUGGCGGAUCUGAUGAAAUUAAAAUGACGUCAUACACAUCUGGAAAAAUAUGCACAUGGCUUGUGAAGGCUGAAGCGAAUUCAAUCAUAAAAGCCACAGUGACGUCGGUUGACCUGCCAUUCACCUCACAAAACGAGUGUCAGCAUUGGUUGGAGUUUCGUGAUUAUCUUAUCGGAGACCCCGGAAAAGAGCUUUGUGGGAAGUCUACCGUGGCAAAAACGUACACUCAAGCAAACAUUGGGGAAUCCUCUCCUUUCAUGAUCAGAUUCAAUAGUAAGAAUGGCGUAACAUCCGGGACAGGGUUUACAAUAAGAGUAGAGGCCAUGCAAUCAGGUUGUAUGAGUGCGCCUUGUAAGACGGGUUCGUUGUGUACUGAAGGAAGCGGGGGCGGAUCUUACACAUGUACCUGUCAAAAUGGAAUGUCAGGGACCAAUUGUGACGAAUUCAGUGCCCCGGCUUAUAAUGAAUGCAAUAUGGAGGAGGACUUCGGAACGUGUGUUUUUGACCAGGAUAGCUCUGCUUCUUCUGACAUCAGGUGGAGCUUUAAUACUAAACUGUGUGACUGGCGAGGGUGUGGUAAUGGCGUCCUAACACGUGGUACUAAUUACCAAUAUCUUACUCUUACGCCGUACUAUGACGGUGUUCAAUGGACCUAUGGAUCAAAGUCCAUCAUCAAAACAACUGCAAAAUUCACAGCUGUUGACCGAUGUCUAUCCUUUGAAUAUGCCAUUGGGAAUUUUAAUGAGGGUAGCUAUCUGACUCAGCUGAACGUUUACGUGGAAGGAACAGGAAAGUCAAAAACAAGCGUCAAAAGUAUCAAGGAAACAACAAAUUACGAGUGGAGAAGUGAAAGUGUGUCCAUCGAGGCCGUAGAGAAUCUAGUGAUUAGUAUAGAAGGAAUAAUAGGACCACAGUUAAUAGGAGUGGACAGUAUUACACUUCGUCCGGGUUUGUGUACGAACACUCCUUGCAAUCCGAAUCCAUGUCUUAAUAGCGGAUCCUGUGAUGAUUCCAGCCCACCCACGGGAAGAAAGUACACAUGUACUUGUACCACAGGUUUCUCCGGGGAUAGAUGUGAAUUUUCAGCGACAGAUUAUUGUGCUAACAAUCCAUGUCAAAAUGGUGGAACAUGCACUUCCGGCACUACAACACACUCAUGUCAAUGCCCUACGGGUUUUACGGGAAGCAAUUGUGAAACAUCGACGGAUUUUUGUGCCAAUAAUCCAUGUCAAAAUGGCGGAACAUGUACUUCCGGGGCUACCACACAUUCAUGCCAAUGCCCCACGGGAUAUACUGGAAGCAAUUGUCAAACAUCGAUAGAUUUUUGUGCUAACAAUCCAUGUCAAAAUGGUGGAACAUGCACUUCCGGGGCUACAACACACAUAUGCCAAUGUCCUACGGGAUUUACUGGAACCAAUUGUGAAACAUCGACAGAUUUUUGUGCCAAUAAUCAAUGUCAAAAUGGUGCAACAUGUAUUUCUGGCACUACUUCGUACACGUGCCAAUGUCCUUCGGGUUUUACUGGGACCAAAUGCGAAAUUUCGAUAGAUUACUGUGAUGUUAAUCAAUGUCAAAAUGGCGCAACAUGUAUUUCCGGAACAACAACAUACAUUUGCCAAUGUCCUGCGGGUUUCACUGGAACAAGAUGUGAAACUUCCAUAGAUUUCUGCGCCAAUAACCCCUGUCAAAAUGGUGCAACAUGUAUUUCCGGCGCUACCACAUCAAUAUGCCAAUGCCCUGCGGGUUUUACUGGAACAAGAUGUGAAACUUCAACAGAUUCCUGUGCACAUUCUCCUUGCCUUAAUGGUGGAACUUGUUUUCCCGGUUUUACCUCGUUCCAAUGCCAAUGUCCCAUAGGCUACACAGGAACUACCUGUGCAGAUAUGAUUGACGGUGGAAAUUCCACUUCCUGUGCUGACAAUCCUUGUCAGAACGGCGGGACAUGCGUAGAAAACCCGACUGGAUAUAUCCCUUAUAGUUGUAGCUGUCCCAGAGGAUUUCCUGGCGACAACUGUGAAGGUCGUUCCUGUCGAUUUGAACUGGAGAAUGACCCUGCAUGUUUCCUAGAUACAAAUGAUCCCUCUUCCUACUGGUUUAGAAGACAGGGACCGACACCAUCACAAGGAACAGGACCUUCAUCCGCACACGGAGGCCAGUUCUAUUUUUAUUUUGAAGCCACGGGCCGAAGGCGCCGUGGAAAUUACUAUUUUGUUGACAAUGGUGUCGCUUUUGAAGAUACAACAUAUUGCUUGAGUCUGUAUUACCACAUGUAUGGAAGAGACAUAGGAUCGUUUUCCAUUUAUACGUACAAGUUUUAUAAUGGAUAUCAGAAAGUAUUUUCGGUUAGAAGAUCACAAGGGGACCAGUGGCAUAAAGUAGAGCGUAAUAUUGACCUGGAUCCAGAUACGAAGAUCGUUAUUCAAGCUGUCAGGGGACGAUCAUUCAGGGGUGAUAUUGCCAUCGACGACGUAACUUUAAUGCCUAAUCCAUGUGAUGUCGACCAAAAGUGAUAUUGACUCAUGAUCCUGUACUUUCUUCACAGAACAUAGAGAAUUGAAUCUGAUUUAUCAAGUUACAUGAUCAUAAUCAU